AUGGCCCCUCCUAAGUGGACAUUGGUCGAACAAGAGGCAUGGUUACAACCUUGGUACAAAAAAUCCAAGGCAAAGCAGAGCAAAAAAAACAAGAAUUAUAAGAACUUCUUUGCCAACCUCAGAAAACAAUGGUUUGAAGAGUUUCCAGAACCAAGACUGGUUCAUAUCACACAGGUAGGACCCCUGACGUUAUCGGAGGAAGGCGAGAUUGGCGUGGCUCGUGACACAUGUAAAGCAAAAUUAUGUACUCAAUUCAAAAAUAGCCUGGGAGGCUCAAAAAUGGGCAGAAAGGCAAAGGCAGAUACUACGAGCGUGAUCAAUGCCGUGGUUCGAAGUAUUGCUGAGUAUGAAAAGCCCAUGUGUAUGCUCCAGGAACAGGAGGCAUAUUCAAAACUUUUCUAUGUGACUUGUGUUCAGCCAACCAUUCAAGGAUCCCUGAAAGCCAUUCAGGAACACAGGACACUCACCAAUGGUGAACGUGUCGCUCUUGUAAAGGAGACUGCAGUGUUGUAUGCGCAGGAGUCACCUGAUAUCAAGGACCAAGUGAAGCAGUAUCUUGAAGACCAGAAGCAGCAGAGACUCCAAAAUAAGCUAGAAGGAUGGAGUCAAAUGACUGAUUACUCACGCAACCUCAACAAACUUGCAGUGGUCGCUAACUCAUUCCUGAAAGGGCUGACGGAGGUAACCGGGAUGUUGUUCUCCCUCCUUGCUGGGGGUCCAUCUCCCAAGGCACAUGGAGCAAUUGACGUCUAUAGACUUUCAACAGCAGAGGCUAGUAUAUCGAGGCCACAAGAAAGCAGCAGUGAAACCGGUGGCUUGUUGACUUUGGAUUCCAAUGACUUAGAUAUAUAUGGGUCGGAUAGCAAGCUUCUGUCCUUUUGGGAUGUAUCAGAAUCAGGUACCAGCGGUAGCAUUCCUGAUCCCUUGUCCACUGGGGAUGCAUCAUUAUGGUUUGAUGUGCAAUCAGUGCCACAUGAGCCCAACAGGUCCCUCGAUCAGUUCUUACAAACACCCAUCCUUCCAGAACCACUCACAAUGACACCUUCAUAUGGUGAUGACUGGACGACUCCAGACUUGGAUGUAUUUCUCUCCAAUUUGGAUGUUCAGAUGGGAUUGGGACCACUGGCAGGCGCAUCCAAAAUCACUACUCUUACCAUGCCCACACUUCCACUCGCAUCACCUCCUGGUACUUCCACUCCCCCUCCAGAUACUAGCUUGAGUAUACCGCCCGCCAUCUCUCACAGUCCUCAAUGGGCUCUUACUAUGCCUACACUUCUGCCAGAUACUAGCUUGAAUGUACUGUCUGCCGUCUCUCGCACUCCUCAACUAGCUCUUACCAUGUCCACAUUUCUGCCCACACCCGCAUCACCUCCUGGUACCACUUCACCUCCAGAUACUGGCUUGAGCAUACUGUCCGCCAUCUCUCACACUUCUCAAUGGACUGAGACACCUAGUACCAGUGAGCUUCCUCCUGCUUCAACAACUCAUUCGUUGGACGUGGCGCCUACCUUAGGCAAUGAGUGUCUUGAUGAGUUAGACGUCAAUACUGAUAAAGAUGGGCCGGCGCUUGAAACACGCAGAACCAAGCGCAUCCCAAAGCCAUCGACACACAAUGACACUGCAAAUGUGAUUGGUUGUCCUCGUGAGGAAAACAAGCACCCCCGAGCCCUUGCUGAGACGUCUUCAGGUCAUGGAUCCAAGAAGGCAAAGGUGUAA